UUUUUUUGGAUAAGCUCUCCCACACUUAAAAAAUUAACCUCUUGCAAUGAAUUUUUUCUUUUCGCCCCCCAGAGUAAUUAGAAAGCAAGGUAGGAAUGUGAGUGACCGAGAGGCUCUCUACCCUAGAGAACUAAAGAGAAAGAAGGGAGAGUAACAUUUUCUCUUCCUCCCAUAUAACCAUUCUCCAUGUCUAUCUCUGUCACAGCCACCACGCCCCUCCUCCCUGUUCUUCCUUCCUUCGUUGUUGGCACAAUUGAAAAGACAAACCAGAGAGCCCUGCCGAGGAAGUGACAGUUUUAUUUAUGCCAUGUCAUUAUUGUAAUCUUGUUUCAUGAUAUAAGCUACUGCAAACACAUCACAUUUUCCCAAAAUCUAAAGGUUCCUAAGUGUCUUUUGGUUGUUCUUCAAGAAACACACAUCCACCCAUUCUUUGAAGAAUCUUCUUCUACAGAGAAGCACGAGGUUAAACAACGAAGACCUAAUAACCUAAGCCAUUUUAAUUGCUACUUCGAUGAAGCUUCCCAGUAUCUACAUUCUCUCAAUUUGCCUCUUUACUUCUCUCACUCGAUUCAUCAUUGAAACUACUGCCUUCAAUCUCACCCUUCCACACCAACAUCCAGACCCUGAGGCUGUUGCUGAAGAUGUAAAACGGAGAGUCAAUGCAUCUCUAUCAAGAAGGCACCUUAUGUCAAUUCAAGAGAAGGACCAAUGCCAAACUGGAAACCCCAUCGACGAUUGCUGGAGAUGCAACUCUAACUGGGCUAACAACCGCCAACGUUUAGCUGACUGCGCCAUUGGAUUUGGUCAAGGCUCGUUAGGUGGAAGAGGUGGUCAGAUCUAUGUGGUCACGGACUCCUCCGACUAUGAUCCAGCCAACCCAAAACCAGGCACAUUACGUUACGGUGUCAUCCAAGACCAACCUCUGUGGAUCAUCUUCUCUUCAAAUAUGGUCAUCAAGCUCAAACAUGAGCUUAUUUUCAAUAGUUACAAAACUAUUGAUGGCCGCGGCGCAAAUGUUCACAUUACAGGAAAUGGGUGCAUAACACUUCAAUACGUAUCACACAUUAUUAUCCACAACAUCCACGUUCACCACUGCAAGCCUUCUGGUAAUACUAACAUAGCAGCAUCACCAACUCAUGUUGGAUGGAGAGGGAGAUCAGACGGUGAUGGCAUUUCCAUUUUUGGGGCCCAGAAGAUUUGGAUCGAUCACUGUUCUUUAUCUUACUGCACUGAUGGUUUGAUUGAUGCUAUAAUGGGGUCCACCGGGAUUACCAUAUCAAACAACCAUUUCACCCACCAUGAUGAAGUGAUGCUAUUGGGGCAUGAUGAUAAGUAUGCAUUGGACACAGGUAUGCAAGUUACCAUAGCCUUUAAUCACUUUGGCCAAGGGCUGGUCCAACGUAUGCCAAGGUGUAGAAGAGGGUAUAUACAUGUGGUGAACAAUGAUUUUACAGCCUGGGAGAUGUAUGCUAUCGGUGGUAGUGCGAAUCCUACCAUAAAUAGUCAAGGGAAUCGAUAUACCGCACCAACUGAUGAUAAUGCCAAAGAGGUAACAAAGAGGGUGGACACAAACGAGGGAGACUGGGCAGGUUGGAAUUGGAGAUCAGAUGGGGACAUAAUGGUAAACGGAGCGUUCUUUGUGCCCUCAGGAGCCGGUCUGAGUACACAGUAUAGUAAAGCCUCCAGUGUGGAACCAAAGUCUGCUGGUUUAAUUCAACAACUCACCUUGAAUGCUGGUGUCUUCGGUGACCCUAGCUGCAAUUCAAACAUGUCAAGAGAAGCUCUAGCUUAAGCCCCACAACCCCUUAAUCUCACAGAUGACAGUGGGAGCAUUUCUACUCCGGGAUUCAGCGGAGGUGGGACUAGCUCUACAACCAACACCGGCGUCCAGGGGUCCGGGUCCAGCGGUGGUGAUGGCGAUUACUUCGGAAUGAUAUUCGGGAGCGGUGCGCCACCACCAGCAUCUACCAGCAUAAUCUUUUUGUCCCUUCUAAUUAUUUUAAUUCUGUGCACCAGCACCGGCCAUGUUGCCUUGGAAUCUUUCCCAUUAUUAUCAUUAUAGACGUCUAAAUUUAAGGAGAGAAAAAUUCAUCAUCAAUAUUAAAGAUUUAAAGGGGACAAUGUCAUUACAUCCAGUCGGAUUCCAUUGCAAGCCCUGUUGAUUGCUACAA